AUGAUGAAGGUGACCCGACGAUCGACUUGCUCUUCGUUCCUGUGGUCACAAUCAUCAUCCAAGGAUUACCAUGCUCAAGCCAAACCACAAACCUCUUCUCUUGUGUCUUGUCAACGAAGAAGUCAAAGAUCCAGCUCCAAAAAAGCUCGUCAAAUUCUCUCACAACAAUUAUUCAUUCCCGAUUUGCAAGAAGAAGCAUCAUCAUCAACACCAAAAAAGAAGAACAAGAAACGGAAAAUUCAUCAUGAAAAUGAUGGUGACGACCACAACAACAAUUCGACAACUUUCCAUCAACCACAACCACCAACUCAUCACACGAAAGGACGAUCCUCGAAGAUCACAGAAACAUCAAAAAAACAAAUCGAACAAGAAACAAAUCAAACUCUUCUCUCGCUCUUUCAAUGCAUUGAAAAGGAAUAUGAAGAAAAAAUUAAGAUUUUAUUAGAGAGAUGUUUCCUAUUGGAGCAAGAAUUGUACAAACAUCAACAAACUCCUCUUCCUUCUCAUUAUAUUUCCCAAAAGGAUCAUCCUCCUUCUUACUGUGAAAAUUGUCACAAUCCAAUUCACAAGUCUAAUAUUCACAAAAAGAGAAUUGAUGAUCACAACCAUUCAUCACACAAGGAUGACUCUAUCAAAGAAAGAACAAAUAUCGACGAUUCUUCACACUCUCCCAUUCUCUCGAAAUUUGAUCCAAAUGAAACAUUUUCAUCACCAUUUCAAUCAUUGACAACAACAAGAAAAAAUUCCACUUCUCAAACUCCUCAAAGAGAAUUACCUUACUUGAAUGAUCAAACUCACAAUCGAUCGUGUGAAGAUGUCAUGAUGGGUUGUGGAAAUGAUCAAUCCAUCGAUAGAUUAUUUUCAACACCCUUCUCGUCUUGUUCUCAACAUGAAGAAGCAAAACAAAUGGAUCAGAAUGAUUCUUAUCAAAUUGUGACACUUUCUCCUCUGGAAAUAGAACUCGAUCAAUCGGAAGAAAUGAAGAAGAAUCAUGAAACUGAUCAUUCCUUAUUGACAUUGAAUUCAAAUAAGGAAUCGUCGUCGUCUUUGCGUCACGUGUGGUCAACACCACAGAGGAGAGCAAUAGUAAGCAAACCUUUGGAAACACAUUUUAACGCUUCUCCUGCAUUAAGUGAUACCUCCAGCGAAGCUACAGAUUUAGACUUUAAUUGGUUAUUUGAACAAGAGAAUGUGAGUCAAGUGUCAACUGUCAGUACAUCAACCAUUUCCAAACGAACAACAAGACAAUCUGAAAAGAAACAACAAAUUUCAAAAGUGAUUGAACAUUUACAGACCGAGUUACAUGCGGAAAUUAUUUUACCAAAUUUAAUAUUAACAGAAGGAGAUGUCAUUUCCUCAUCAAGUCAAAAAAGUACAAGUCCUUCACUUUCUCAAGAUUAUUGUUUGAGUAAGACACCGAUGAGUGACAUCAAAAGAAGUGCAACAAAGAGAUUGACCACUCCAAAUGGUAGUUCAGAAUUGACAUUAGUGUCAGCUGUGAAAAAGUCUCAACGUUCUCAAAAUUCAAGGAUAUACACACGAACCGACUACAAGUAUAGAGAUUUUACGCUUUCUGAGAAUAUUAUUUUCUUUUGUAAAUAUAUCAAUUUCAAACCUAAUUAUUUAUUUUCACAUACCAAGUUGGGACUUUCUGACUUGUUCUUUGAUGUCAUCGAUUUGAUUGAAAAAGAGAGAUCAAAAUACAAGUUUUUAAAGACCAACAAGGAUAGCAUGAUUAUAGGAGACUGUAAUGAAGGAUUAUUGGUUGUCAAAUUAUCAGAAUGUGAAAAAACCUUUCACACUCAUGUUCUUUCCAAAUUGAAUCAGGUGAUCUUGUCAAAACAAGAACACAGAAAGAAGAGGCUGAUUAGAGAGUAUUGCUUUGGAGGCCAAUCAUUGAGUCAAGUGUUUGACUUUGAUUUUCCAUGCUACCUUAUUCGAGAUGAAGAGCCAUCCAGACAUGAAGGCCCAUUUUCCAUUUUCGAUGUGUUACUGAACUGUGUGAAUCACAAGUAA